AAUGACUUUCGCCAGCAGGGUGACGUCUGAGUUUCUUCAAGCCUUCAGCCACCUCUUUCCUGCCAAGCAUUGGAAGUAACGUACUCUGGUGUGCUUUAACACUUGUCCUGGUCCCCACACAUUCCAGCCCGUCCCCUGGCUUGCCUUUAGCCAUCGCUGUUGACUCGCCUUAUCUUCCUCUCGAUCCGUCCUCCCUUCCACUCCUUGUCUUCUCACCCCCUUUGGGAGCUCUGGGGGCUCUGGGGUUUUACUUUUCUCCUGUGCUCUAUCGCCCGUUUUCUUUGCUGUGGUUUACCUGCCAGCAGUGCAGCAGGGUGGAAUUGAGAGUAUGGGCAUACUUGUGCAGAACUGUCAACCCCGGGUUUUCUGGGCUUGCCAAUGGAUUGAUCGGGUAUUUCAGCAUGCAAAGCAUACAACCGAAGACUCUUUAACGCUCUGUCUCUCCUGCUCUUCACGUUAGUGUCCUCCAUUGGCCUUGCUCCUUUGGCCUUGCUCCUUUGGCCGUCCUCCCUUGGCCUUGCACCCUCUGUCUUGCACCCUGUUUGACAGCUUUCUCAUUCAAGGCUGUGGGACUGUCCCCUCUUCCUCUCCCGCCCCUCCCACAUCCCCUGUGGGGGGCUCUGGGGUCUCAGUGUCUGUCCUUCCGUCUGCCAUCCCUAAUCCAAUCCCUUCGUUAUGGUUGCACUGCCAGCAGCACAGCAGCUUGAACUCGUCUGUGCCCCUUGAAAAGUGAAGGCCCGUCCAAGACCCGUCGUGCAGUCGGCUAUUUCUGCCCGAGAAUUGCUCCCCCUCUCUCGCUCCCCGCCCUCGUCCCUGUCUCCCCUUCCCCCGCCUCAACUUCUCGUCUCUGUCUGACGUUCCGUUGCCCUUCCCACUGCUGCUUUUCUCCAGUUGCUGUUGGGUGUCAGGCUUGCCGCGUACUGUUCCCAGCCCUCCCCUCCCCCAUCUCCUGCGGGGGAUCUGGGGUUUCAACCUCUGUCAUUCCCUCUGUCGCCCCUAGACCGCGCCUUUCGCUGUGGUUGCCCUGCCAUCAUCACAGCAGCUUGACCUCGAGUGGGUUAGUCGCCGAGGGAGGUCCCAUGCAAGACGCCUACCUGAGAACUGCUCCAGGUCAUACGCCCUUAUUUCCAUCUGGCUGGCUGUCCUGUCCUGCACCGAUUGCAGCUUGACCUCGCAUGUCUCCCCACCCCACCCCCAUCCCCUCUGGGGUCCGUUUCUGUCCUUCCCUCUGGGGUCAGUUUCUGUCCUUCCCUCUGUCGCCCCCAGCACGGUCCGUUCGCUGUGGUUGCCCUGCCAGCAGCCGAGCAGCUUGAACUCGAGUGUGUCACUCGCCCAGAUUAAGGUUCAAUGCCAGACGCGUCUACCGAAGAACUGCUCCAGGUCACACGGUCCUUGCCUUCGACUUAUCUUACAUAUCGACUGCCCUGUCCUCGUUUCUGGCACCGAUAGUAGCUCCUCUCCUGUUGCUGCUUUCAUCUGCCAUGAUUGCCGCUUAUCUGUUCCCGGCCCUCCCGUUCCCCAUCCCCUGCGGGGGCUUCUGGGGUUUCAGCCUUUGUCCUUCCGUUUCCCAGACCCAGUCCGAUCCCUUGGUUGCCCUGCCAGAAGCUCAGCAGCUCGAACUCGUUUGUGUGACUCCUGGAAAGUGAAGUUCUGUGUAAGACUUGUUGUGCAGUUGGGUACUUCCGCUUGAGAAUUGCCCUUCUCUGUCUUCCUGCCCUGCCCCGAUUGCAGCUUGUCUCCAGUUGCUAUUAGGUGUCAAGCUUGCCGCGUAUCUGUUCCCAGCCCUCCUUUCCCCCAUCCCCUCUCCCCCGCAGCUGCCUGUUCCAGCCCCCCUCCCCCCAUCCCUGCCGGGGCUCUUGGGUUUCAGCCUCUGUCCUUCCGUUUCCUGGACGCAGUCCGAUCCCUUCGCUGUGGUUGCCCUGCCAGCAGCACAGCAGCUCGAACUCGCCUGUGCGUCACGUGGAAAGUGAAGUUCUGUGUAAGACUGGUCAGGCAGAGCAACCUGACAAGUGCAUAAGAACUCGCUCCUACCUGACUUUCCCAACCGUCCAACUAACUGCUCUGCCCUCCUGUCCUGCGCCGAUUGCAGUUUGACUCUUGCUGCUUCCCUAUUCCCUUGCUGUUUCCCUAUUCCCUUAGGGGGCUCUGGGGUUUCACUCUCUGCCCUACCCUCUGUCGCCCCUAGUCCGCUCCCUUUGCUGUGCUUGCCCUGCCAGAAUCACAGCGGCUUGAACUAUUGUGCCACUCGCACAAAGCAAGGUUCAACGCAAGAUGACUGCCUGUGAAGUGCUCAAGGUCACACACUCGUUGCCUUCCGGACGUCCCUUGUAUCCAUCCACCUGCCCCGUCUGCAUAUCUGGUCUGGCCCCCUCCCUUCCCCCAUCCCCUGUGGGGGCUCUGGGGUUUCAACCUUUGCAUGUCCCCGAUCGGCCCUAGUCCAUUCGCUUGCUGUGGUUGCCCUGCCAGCAGCACAGCAGUUUGAAAAGAGUGUGCCACGCGCCUAAGCAAGGUUCAAUGCAAGACGCCUGCCAGGUCACACGCUCCCUGCCUGACUUCCCUUGCAUCCAACUGAUUGGCCUGUCUUGUCCUGCGCCGAUUGCAGCUUGUCUCUGCUUGCUGCUUCCAGCUGCCAAGGUUGCCGCGUGUCUGUUCCACCCCACCCCCCCCCUCUUCCCCAUCCCCUGCGGGGGCUCUGCGUUUUCAACCUAUGUCCCUCCCUCUGUCACCCCUAGUCCGGUCCCUCUGUUAUGGUUGCCCUGCCAGCAGCUGGAACUCGACUGUGUCACUCGCGAAGUGGAAUGCAGAUGGGUAAUUCUACCUGGGGACUGCUCCAGGUCGCAUGCUCCCUACUUCCCUUUUGACUUAUAUAUAUCCCUUACCUUAGCUUCCCUCAUAUUUUAAAAUUUUCUGCACCGACUGCAGCUUUUCUCCGGUACUGCUUACGUCCCUGGCUUUGUAGCUCUCC